AUGGCAGACGUUGAGAUGGUGGAAGCUCACUCCGAUACUGCGGACGGCAGUGGCUCCUCGGAGUAUGUCGAAUUCUGGAUCGACCUUUUUUUGGGCCGAAAGGGCCAUGAAUAUUUCUGCGACGUCGAUACAGAUUACAUUACGGACCGGUUCAACCUGAUAAACCUGCAAAAGACGGUCAACAAGUUCACACAAGUUAUUCAGUACAUGGUGGAUGACUUGGACGAUAACUCACUGGAACAGAUGUCGAGUGCGCGUUUGGAGCAGCUAGAACAUGAUGCUUGCAAACUGUACGGGCUAAUUCAUGCUCGCUACGUGAUUACCAUCAAAGGUCUCCAGAAAAUGCUUCAAAAAUAUAAAGAGGCCGAUUUCGGACGGUGUCCUCGAGUUUACUGCAAUUUCCAGCCUCUUUUGCCCGUGGGACUGCACGAUGCUCCUGGUCAAGACUGCGUGAAGCUUUACUGCGCCUGCUGUGAGGACCUAUACAUUCCCAAGUCGUCGCGACACAGCUCAAUUGACGGCGCGUACUUUGGCACUAGCUUUGCAGGUAUGUUUCUGCAGGCGUUUCCGGAAAUGGUGCCCAAACACCCUGUGAAGAGGUACGUGCCCAAGAUUUUCGGUUUCGAGCUGCACAAACAGGCCCAGGUAGCCCGUUGGCAAGAACUGCAGCGUGUCAAGCUGGAACAGAAACUGAAUGCUAAGGGUGUGAAUGGUGGCUACAAGUAA